AUGGAUAUUGAUGAUAUUCUGAGAGAGGCAGACCCCGAGGAUUACUCUGCGCCUGGCGAUGAUGGAGAUUUGGAGGCAUUGACCAGGGCAUGGGUUGCUGAACGUUCAGCUCCCGAGUUGUUGGAUUGGCCGUCUAAUGGCCUGAUCCAAAGAGCCAACGAGAAAAUUCAGAGGCAAAUCGAGAAGGUCGAAGUCAUGACCGGCGACGUGGACCCCAAGACAAAUUUUGGUCUCGUUAUCAUCCAAACUGAGCUAGAGAGGUGGAAGUACUUGGUGCGGGGAUUUUUGAGAGCAAGGCUUGCCAAGAUUGACAAGCACACACUUCACUAUCUAUCUUCGCCCUCUCUUAGGUCACGACUCUCGCCGUCGGAGAUUUCAUUUGCGACACGCCAUCAAGCUCUGCUCCACGAGCAUUAUCUUUUGUCUUUCUUGCAGUCAUUUCCUCCCCAGUUAAGGAAUCUAGAUGAUACCGCGGGUGGAAUUAGCAUGGUUGACGCUCCUGAACUUGACACAGCAGUCUUUAUCAGGGCCCUGAAAGACUGUCUUGUUGGAACUCAAGGGGGAAAUGCAGAAGAUAUGGUGGAAGCUUUGGCCGGAGAAGUGCUGAUUUCCAGGUGGGCGGAUGUAAAGCCUUUGGUGCUGAGCGGGGAUGCGGAACUUGUUUGA